AUGUCAUUGAUAUCAGCUUUCCGCCCUCCGUCCACACGAAUCUCGUCUGCUCGCCGGAGAUCACGGUCACGGUCACGACCACGCCGACGAAGAAGAACAAGCAACAAUCAACCUCAUGAACAAGAUGAUGCCCAUUCAAUUAUCACACCAUCUAAGCACACACCACGGCCCUUACGGGUGCUGCGUGGCUCCGUGGCGGCCGGUGGACCACUGCGUCCAUUUCGCCUAGUGAAGCAAGAUAUCGUCAAUCUACGCCGACGAUGGAAAUCCGAUUGGACUGUGUUCAACCAACUCAUUUUUGCCAGUGCUGUCUACGUCUUCUUCACGAAUCUUCUGCCAGGUAUCACGUUCGCCAGUGAUCUCUACGUGUUGACGGGCAAGACUUGGGGCACCAUCGAAGUGGUGUUCAGUACCGGACUAUGCGGCAUCAUAUUCUCAGUGUUCUCCAUUCAACCCCUCACCAUUCUCGGCGUCACUGGCCCGUUUUCUGUCUUGGCGGAGAACAUCUAUUCGUUGUGUGACGAAGUAUUCCAGAUUCCAUUCCUGCCAUUCAUGGCAUGGUCUUUGAUUCAUUCGGCGUGGAUGCACUAUGUCCUGGCGAUAAUCAAUGCCCACGACUGGACCAUGCGUUAUGUGACGACGUUUGCAACGGAGAUAUUUUCUCUUCUCAACAGCAUCAUCUAUUUCCACAAAGCCAUCCAAGAGCUUGAGAGAGCCCAUGAAAGUCUCUCCUUUGCCGCUUUUCUCUACGCCGUGAUCGGUGCCGUGGGAACAAUGCUGCUUGCCAUAUUCCUUUCUACGGCUGAGAGCUGGAAACCCUUGUUUCAUCGAUACAUUCGUCUCGGUCUCACGGAAUAUGCCGCUGCUAUAUCCAUCAUAAUAUUCAUUGGUCUACCUCAUGUUGGCGAGCUGGCUGACCUGGACAAAAUGACCCUGGCUGUCAGCGACUCAUUCCGGCCAACCUCCCCAGAACGAGAAAUAUUUUUCGUUGAGUUUUGGAAACUGCCAACACAGUGGAUUUUUGCAUCUCUUAUCCCUGGGCUUAUCAUAACAGUCCUAUUCUUCUUCGAUCAUGAGGUCAGUUCGAUUAUCUGCACGAUUGAUCGAUAUGGAACGCGAAAACCAGGCGGAUUUGCUUGGGAUAUAGUCCUUCUGGGCACGACUACGGCACUGUGUGGCAUUCUGGGCAUCCCACCUUCAAAUGGACUCCUCCCCCAGGCCCCGCUACACUCGGAGUCCUUGAUGCACACAGAGAAAGAAGAGGGAAUCAUUAUCGUGGAUGGCGAGGAAAAGGUCCAAACACGCGAUGUGAAACGAGUAUACGAGCAAAGAUGGUCCGCUUUUCUCCAUUCUGGCGCUAUCCUCUUGUUUAUCAGUCCACCAUUCAUGAAAGUCCUGGGCUUGACGCCUACUAGCGUUCUAGCUGGAUUGUUUCUUUUCAUGGGCGAGCAAAGCCUGUCGGUCAAUCCUAUCCUAUAUCGCACAUUUUACCUUCUUACUCCGCCAUCUGAGCUUCCGCCCCUUCCCCAAUCCUUGCAGAAAAGCACACAGUCAAUAUCAACCGAUGCUCAAACAACCCCUAGCAAUCCGUCUUACCUUCCGAUACAUCUUUAUACGAUCCUGCAAAUCGUUACUACGGUGAUUAUUUUCAUUGUCACACUCACCCGCGGCGCCCCUGCUUUCCCUGUCCUCAUUAUUGCUCUUGUACCGUUCCGUCUUCUGGUAAUGAAGCGAUGGUGGCCUCGCGAAGCCCUCCGCUUCGUCGAUGCAUGGGCUUGUCGUGAGGGUACACCAGAAGAUGACGAGGAUGCCCAAUCAAAGAAAACCGAGCAGAUACAUGAAGACAGACCAGUAUUGAGUGAAUAUGGUGUACUGGGGCAUGAUUCUGGUUUACAAAGUAAUAGACUAUCGAAAGAUACCGAAAGAAGGCCAAACUCGCACCGUGCUAGCGGAUCGAGAGCUGAUAUUGGGGACCAGGAGAUUUGGGGUAUGACUGGCGAUGACAUGGAUCGCGAAUGGAUCGGACUGGAAGACCAAGGUCUCCCUGAUGAAGAGUUUGGCCGCCAACGAUGA